CAGAGAGCAAGCUGGGGACACGUGCCAGGUUGGAUGAGGGAACGCAGUGCAGUGACGAGCCAGGAAAGAGAACUGGUGUUCAGGAAGAAGCCGUAGCAGAGGUUUUGGGCAGGAACUGUCCUGUUACGGUACACCCCUCAGCGUCGCUUAGCGCUGGCAAGAGAUCGACAUUCAGCAAAAACCUGGAACUGCUCAUUGCUGAAGGCAGGCUAACGCUGGCCUAUCCACGGGCUAAGGGGCCAGGUCCCCUCCACUGGCCCCCUCACCCAACUGCAGAAGCCCCGCCUACACUGGAAGCGACAGCGCGCGGAGACCCGCCCCGUACCACGCCCGGCGCACACCCGAGGCCCGCACCGAGGGUGCGCAGGCGGCGUCCGCCGUUUACGACGUGCCGGAAAGUAGCGGCCACAGCCGGCGUUGGGCUGAGCCGGGCCACUAUGGGGAAAGUCGCGCUGCAGCUCAAAGCCACGCUGGAGAACGUCACCAACCUCCGGCCUGUGGGUGAGGACUUCCGGUGGUACUUGAAGAUGAAAUGUGGCAACUGUGGCGAGAUUUCGGAGAAGUGGCAAUACAUUCGGCUGAUGGACAACGUGGCACUGAAGGGAGGCCGUGGCAGCGCCUCCAUGGUCCAGAAGUGCAAGCUGUGUGCAAGGGAAAACUCCAUCGAGAUUUUGAGCAGCACCAUCAAAUCAUACAAUGCCGAAGACAAUGAGAAGUUCAAGACAAUAGUACAGUUUGAGUGCCGGGGCCUUGAGCCAGUUGAUUUCCAGCCCCAGGCUGGGUUUGUUGCUGAAGGUGUGGAAUCAGGGACAGUCUUCAGUGACAUUAAUCUGCAGGAGAAGGACUGGAAUGACUAUGAUGAAAAGACUCAGGAGUCUGUGGGAAUCUACGAGGUCACCCACCAGUUUGUGAAAUGCUAAACCCUCUUCCUGAACAUUUACCUCUAAGAACUGAGAAGGGACAACGUGCCCCAAGGAACUGAGGCUGGUCCCCUCGUCCCUCAUCUCCUGGCAGCUGUCCAAGCCCUCACAGCCUGCAUGCUGGGCUCUGUGACAGCUUGCCAAGCCCCACCAAUAAAGUCCCUGUUCGUGCUGCA